UGAAAAUCUUAUAUAUUGUAUGGAUCCAUAUUCAUUUCUCAGUGUCAUUCUGUUACAGUGUACGAUCACAUUGUCAAUUAUAAAUUUCAAUAGUUUCAAUAGUUUCACGAGAAUCAAAAUUAUUAAAUAAUUUUUUUAUACUUAAAAUUCUUUCGACAAGUAUAAUUUUUUUGUUUUUUACUUUCAUCAUCAAGAAACAACAGAUUAUAAUUCAGAAUAUUCAAAAGAAACUAACAGGAUAAUGGAUUCGAUAUUUCGUACGAGAUCGCUCGGUACGGCAGCCGAGGGCGUUCGAGAUCAGUAUGCAGAUGGUAGAGCUGCUAAGGUGUGGGAAGUGUUCAUUGGCGACAAAAAGCAGAGAACUCAAAAUUACAGAGACUUCUUAGUUGGUCUAUUGAGAAAUAAAGGAUGCAAAAGGAUUUUAGAUGUGGCAUGCGGGACUGGAGUAGACUCGGUGAUGCUUCUUGAAGAAGGUUUCGAGGUAGUCAGUGUUGACGCUUCGGAUAAAAUGCUGAAAUAUGCUUUGAAAGCUAGAUGGGAACGUCGAAAAGAGCAAGCGUUCGAUAACUGGGUAAUCGAAGAAGCAAAUUGGUUGACUCUACCAAAAGACAUUCAUUAUUUGUUAAGAGAUGGAUUUGACGCGGUAAUCUGCUUGGGAAACAGUUUUGCUCACAUGCCUGAUACGUUUGGCGAUCAACGAGAGCAGAGGCAAGCGUUGUUAAAUUUUGAACGUUGUGUGAAACCUGGUGGUUUAUUAUUAAUCGAUCACAGAAAUUAUGAUUUCAUUAUCGAGACUGGUAAUAUACCUUCAAAGUGUAUAUAUUAUAACAGUCAACAUAUGAUAGAUAUUAAGGCGUCGGUAUUAUUCGUUUCUGGAAAACCUGCAAUUGUGACUUUAGAUUACAUCAUUACGAUGAACGAAGGAGAAGAGGAAGAUGAACAAAAGCAAAUCAGUGAAUUCAGAUUGUCUUAUUAUCCUCAUAAACUUAGCGUAUUCACGGAGAUAUUGGACGAAGCAUUUCAUUAUAGAGCCAAGCAUACUAUAUACGGGGAUUUUAAAAAUUUGGAAGAAAUAAAAAAUGCUGGUUUCUAUAUACAUGUGAUGGAAAAGCCGAUAUAAGUUCAUUUGAGAGAAUCGUUUUAAAAUUUGAAAACUUUGUAAAACUUUAAUGCAUCUUGAUAUAAAUAUUAUAUCUUCUUA